AUGGAUGAACUUCACACAGACUCAUUUUCUUUGCUUCCUCAUUAUGAUUAUAUCUAUAAAACAGAUCCUGUUUACAAAAAAUUCAGAAAACUAAUCACCAAAAACUAUGGUCUUGCUUCAUUAUUUGGUUCUUUAUUUAUAAUAAUAUUCUUGUAUCCUCUAUGGAAUCACUUAAUAUUUAAAUAUUCUCCUAAAUUCAAAUCUCUUAAGAAAUUAUUCAAAUACAAAUUAUUCAACAUUAUUUUUUUUUGGUCUCUUUUCUCAUUAUUGUUAUGUUUCCCUCAAACUUACAAUGACAUGUCCUUCUUGACUAAAAGAUUUGGUAGAGUCUCUGCUUCUUUAUUACCAACUUUACUAUUCCUCUCAAUAAGACCUUCUCCCUUGCCUGAAACUUUAUACUUGGCUUUAUUACCAAUCCACAAAUGGUUAGGUAGAAUAAUAGUCCUAUUAGCCAUUUUUCAUACUCAUACUUAUUGUGCUUUAUAUUUCCAUUUAAAUAAAUUUAACAAAAUUUAUAAACUAGAAAACUUGUAUGGUUGGUUUGCUCUCUUGGGUUUUCUUUCCAUAACUUUAUCUUCUUUGCCAAUUAUAAGAAGAAAAUAUUUCAAAUUUUUUUACAUUAACCACUAUAUCUGGACCUGGAUUAUAGUUGUUCUAAUCAACUUGCAUUCAAGACCAAGUGCCAACUUAUUAACUUUUUUAAAUAUUGCCAUACUAACUUAUCAAAUUUAUCAUCGACUAAUUCAUUCUAUCAAGGUUAAUAUCCAAUCUUUUAAUCUAUCAAGCAAUUUAAAAAUUGUUAAAAUUUAUAAAGAUGAUCAAAAUUUAUCAAAUUUCUUUCAAUCAAAUCUACCUGGCUCUCACCUAAGAAUGAUGAGGUAUUAUAAAAAUCCCUUUAAAAAUCUCUUUUUCAGAUUCAUAACUCCCUUGGCUCAUCCUUAUACCAUUGCUUCAUUACCAACUGACAAUUCUAUUAUUUUAAUUAUAAGAAAUUCCAAAUUCGAAUUAAAUAACAACUAUCAAUAUUAUAUUACUGGCUCAUAUGAUCCUGACUUUCAUUUUCUCAAAUAUACUGAUAAUAACAACAAUAAUAAAUUUAUUGAUAAAAUUAGCAAUAAAUUAAGUAGAAGUAAUCAAAAUAAUAAAAAUAAUAAAAAUCAAAGAUACAAAAAUAUCAUAUCUUUUUGUGAAAAUUACGAAUCUUCGGCUUCAAGAGUCUUGAUGGUUGUUGGAGGCUCAGGUAUCUCUUUUGCUUUACCAUUAUUAAGAGUCUUAAGUAUUAAAGGUAUUGAGUGCAAAAUUAUUUAUGUUAUUAAAGAUGUUAAAGAUUUAAGAAUUUUCAGAUUUUUCAAUUUGAUUGAUUUAAAUUCAAUUGAGGUUUAUAUAACUGGUAAAAAUUUUCAAGAAACCGAUUUUUCAAAAUUAAAUAUCGACGAUUUUGAUGACGAUCAACCUGAUAAAGAUUUCAAUCAUUUAGAAAAUCAAGAACAAAUUUCCUAUUUGUCGGGAUCAUUAACUGGUGUGGAUUUCAAUAAUUAUGGUUCUAUUAAUGAUUUAGAGACGAAUAACGAUUAUCAAGAAUUUGAUUACACAUUUUUUGAACCCAAUACUACCGCCACCGCCACCACUGCUAAUAACAAUACUAAUAUUGCAAAUAAAAAUUGGAAUUUGAAAUCUCCUAGACUAAACAAAGAGAUUCAUGAGAACUCGAUAACAUCAAGCAUUGCAGAAUCACCAUCCUCUUCGAUGUUAAGGAGAAUUAUCUCUAUUGAUGAACAAGAUUCCGAAGUAGGAAUGAAAAUGAUGGACAUAAUGAAAAGAUUGAAGAUAUAUAAAGGCAGGCCAGUGUUAGGAGAACAAGAAUACAAUUGGUGUAUUGAAACAACAUGCACCGGGCCAAUAUUUAAUUCAAAUGGUACAAUAUGCUGUAGAGAAGCUAUAAAUAAUGAUGAAAACAAUGUCAAAUUAAAUAAAUUUGAAAACUGCUGGGUGAUUGGAGUUGGACCACCAGGACUAGUUGAGAAAACCAAAGUGUGGGCAAGAGAUUGUGGGUUUCAAUUCCAUGAAGAAUCAUUUAGUGUUUAG